CCCCCUCCCCCUCCUCCUCUGUGCCCGCGCCCGCGUUGUGCGCGUGCCCGUCCCCGACUCGCUCAUUGUAUGGGGCGUUAGAGCAGCUCGAGCUCAGACCGCUGGACAGCAGUGAGGAGAAACCGCGCUUCAGACAUGGCAGCCAUCCGUAAGAAGCUGGUGAUCGUGGGAGACGGAGCUUGUGGUAAAACCUGUUUGCUUAUCGUCUUCAGUAAAGACCAGUUCCCUGAGGUCUACGUUCCCACUGUCUUCGAGAACUAUGUCGCCGACAUCGAGGUGGACAGCAAACAGGUGGAGCUGGCUCUUUGGGAUACUGCAGGACAGGAAGACUAUGAUAGGCUGAGGCCUCUGUCCUACCCAGACACUGACGUCAUCCUCAUGUGCUUCUCUAUUGACAGUCCGGACAGUUUAGAAAACAUUCCAGAGAAGUGGACGCCUGAAGUAAAACAUUUCUGCCCGAAUGUACCCAUCAUCCUCGUGGGCAACAAGAAGGAUCUACGUAAUGAUGAGCACACGCGUAGAGAGCUAGCUAAGAUGAAGCAGGAACCAGUGAAAGCUGAGGAGGGGAGGGACAUGGCCAAUCGGAUUGGAGCUUUUGGCUACAUGGAGUGCUCUGCCAAAACGAAGGACGGCGUGCGGGAGGUGUUCGAGAUGGCCACCAGGGCGGCGCUGCAGGCGCGUAGGGGUAAAAAGAGCAACAAAUGCCUUCUGCUGUGAAAACACAGCACUGGACUGAAACCCCGAGAGGGGGGAAAAAGUGUGCGUCUGUCCGAACACUCGCUCAUUCCUCAAACUCGCCAAACGCUUCGGACGAAAGUGUAAAACUCCCAGAACAUAGUUUUCCUUUUAUUAAUUUUAUUUUUAAUUUCUCUCUCUCUAGUCAUGGAAAUGUUUUAUCAGUAUUUAAGAAACUGCAGAGGACUUGGAUUUGUUUUUUGUUUGUUUGUUUUUAUGAUGCUUUACCUGAUUUUUGUGAUGUCGUCAUUAAAGCCACACCCACCUGCCAAAUUCUGCCAUCCGUCUCAACAUGCUGCCAACGUAAAAAAAAAAAAAAGCUCAGCCUGGCCUUAAAACGCUGGGGUUUUUAUUCUUUUCACUUUUAAAACAACCAUGAUACAGGGCUGAAUAAGUGAACGUAAUUUGUAAUAUCUGUAUGUACGAAUCAUUUUUAUGGGUUGUUUUAGAUCGGGAUUUAAACUGAAGAACUGUUUGGAAGCAAAAAAAAGAAGGAAAUUUGGGGGGGCGGUGGGGUAGAUACGUAUACAUAAAUGUACAUAUGAGCACGUGUGUAGUAAGGUAUACACACGGUCAUUACGUGACUGGAAUUUGUAAACUAGACUUGGUAAUCUUAUGUAAUAAAAUACUUUCUAUAAGGA